GCGGCGCCAAAGUACAGCGAACUCGCGGAGCGGUUCCUGCCUCCAUGCUGCCGGCUGAGUGCUCCCGCCGCCUGCUGGCCGAGCUGCAGGGCGCGCUGGACGCCUGCGCCGAGAGACAGCAGCAGCUGGAGCGGAACCUUGGCGUCUGCCGACGGCUCCUGCGAGCCUGGGAACCAGCCAAGACCUUGGCUCCAGAGCUUCCUCCCGGACCAGAAACCAAAGAGGAGGACCCGACUCUAGUGUGCACCCCCAUCCCCCAAGACCUGCAAGAGCUGGAACUUCUGACGCAGGCCCUGGAGAAGGCUGUGCGGGUGCGUGAAAGUGUCUCUAGGGCCGCAGCAAGAGAUAAGAAGGCCGCUGGCUGGCAGCCUGGGUCCUCCGCUGCUGCCUCGCUCAGGACCACAGCCUCAGCGUCCAGCCAAGGGGGCCUGCAUCCGUCAGGGCCAGGACCCACCAAGGGCAUUCGCCAGGCCGCAGCGCCUGCCAAGGACGGCCCUGAGCACAGGCCUUCGCCAGGCGGAAGGGAUGGGGUCCUACCUGCCAAGCCUGGACACAGCCUUGAAGACCAGCAGGCAGCCCCGUUCAGUGCUGCUCAGGCCUUAGCAGCCUUCACACUCGAGGAGCACGGGAGGCUGUUGCAUUUGCCUGCGGCCCUCAGGAAGGCAAUUUCCCAGAACUUCCGCCUGUGGGCCCAGCUCAGCUCUGUGCAGACCAGUGACUCCUUGGAUGGUGCUGCUGCAGCGGCGGCCAAAGCCCACUUCCUGCAGAAGCUGCAGGUGGCUUCUGGCUGGCCCAGCCCGGGGCUCAGUGAUGCCGAGGUGCAGCUGCAUUUGCGCUGUCUGCGGAAGGCCUGUUCAGUGAUGAGACUGCACAUGCAGGAGGCGCUCGCCACAGUGCCCACCGACUGGAUGCAAGAGUACCACUGCCUGCUCACCCUGGAGGGGCUGCAGGCCAUGGUGGGCCAGUGUCUGCGGAGGCUACAGGAGCUGCGAGCAGCAGUGCUGGAACAACCCCCAGGACCACACCCUGCAAGAUGGCACCACCAGCCCUCUGUACCCCAUGAAGACAGAGCAGGCCCUGCCGGGCACCCCCAGCUUCUCCUCUACUCUGGCACCCAGGAACUGCAGACCCUGGCGGCCCGCAGCCUACGGGUGGCCAUGCUGGACCAGCAGAUCCACUUACAGAAGGUCCUGAUGGCAGAACUGCUCCCGCUAGUGGAUUCCCAGGAACCACCCAGGCUGGGCCUGUGCCGCGCCCUGCAUAGCCUGCUCUGCGAGAGCGGCGAACACUUCCUCACCAUCCUGCGAGAUGACCCAGUGGACGGCCCUGCUGACUGAGGCCUGGGCACAGAAGCAAGUUCCCUCCCAGCGGGGCACAGCCCGGGGCCUCCAGGGUGUCUUCCACACAUGAAGCCCCUCAGUGGUGACGGAGGGUCUCCCUCACGUGGGGUCUGGGCUGCUUCCUGAAUGUGCCCAAGACCUUGGGGAGCCUUGGUACCCACGUUCCUUGUGUGACUUUAAAUAUAAUUUAAACCCACCACAGAUCUAGGCUUAGUGGGAUUUGUUUGUUUGCUUUGUCAAUCACCAAGUGUCAUCAACAAUGUGAAUAUCCGUUCUGUAGAAGCCUAAAGGCCAGGCCACUCCAGGGGGACAUCUGCUCCAACACGCUGAGCCCUUCCCAGGAAGGACGGGCCUGUCCGGGUUUUCCUGCACGGCUGCUCUCUUCCCACUUCCACCUGUCCUGGGCAAAGCAGGUGUCACUUCCCUGCGAAGGCAAGAAGGCUCCAGCAGCCACCUGUAGCAGAAUGUGAAACUGCAUUGCCCAGAUGUCCCCACCGAGGGCAGUGCUUGGCCUGCGGGCUGGGGCUUCAGGGAACAAGUACUGACCGCCUUGCCGCAUUGCCAGCAUUCCUCAGAGCUGUGUCCAGGCAGGAGGUCGGUGACCCCUGGAAAGCAGCAUGGCAUGGUGCAGCUUGGGGUAGUUACCCAGCCCCAGCACACGGUUACGGCGCUCUGAUAAGGGUUGCUGGGAUCCAUACUAACAGAACCAAAUUGGGACAUAAAACUAAACUUUGUCAUGAAAGUGAUGUGGGUCCUGGGACCACAUCGUAUGCGUUCCCAGCACAGGCCAGCUACACCCUCCUGGUCCUCCCUUCACCGCAGCCAGAGCUCAUGUCCAGCUUUCCCUGGGGAAAACCUCCCGCCACUCGGUUGUGCUUCCACAGCAGACCGGCUGCCCAGGACCGCUGCAGCUGGUCCACCUGCUUUUCUGCCUUCCACCCCUACCGGAAGUCAGCCGCCCCUCACGUUCCUGCAGACA